AAUUGUUUGUAUCCUUUGUACUUUAAAUAAAUUAAAUUCAAGUGAAAAGUGUUUAUGUGUGAUAAUAAUAAAGUGAUUUAAUUAUUUUCGAGUUAUAAAUGAAAUAAGUGGUUGUGAAAAAUAAAAAACAAAUAAAAAUUAGUAAAAUUUUGAGUGUUUCAGAUAAAUUGAUAUGUGUAUCAUAUAUUUUAAUUAUGAAAAAAUUCGUAGAUUCUAUAAAAAUAUAUAAUUUACCUCAAAUCAUAAAAAUCAGCAACCGGUACUUGAAAUAAAUAAAAAUGAAUUUUUUUCCGUAUCUUGAUGAAAAAUUAAAUUACCAACUGUAUUUAUUAAUUUACGGUCAACAUAAAGUCAGUUGGUACGAGAAAUUCAUUUCGAAAAUACAGGAGCUUAUUUUGUCGACGAAUCAAUUAAAUAAUUAUGAACUCACUAUUUUAUUAUUACUUGCAAUUGGACUUAUCAUUCUGAUUGGAUACGAAAUAUUUAAAAAAUUCAUAACAACUCUGGCGCGAUGCAGUCAAAGAGAAUGUCACCCGGUCCAUGAAGUAAAAUUUUCAUGCGAAGAAAACGACCGUGAAGCAUCCGGUCCGUCAGCGACAAGUAAAUCUCAGGAAAAUAUUGACGAUUGUCAAAUAAUUGAGACAAGCCAGCAGAUCCCGCAUGUAGUUAAUUAUGAAGGCUACAAAAAAAUCUACGUACUGACAUUUGAAUUGGACGAACUGCCUGCAGAAAUAGCGCGGGAAUUAAAUAUACAGAGUGAUAAUCUUGAUUGUGGAAAAUAUGAAGCAAUAAACCAGGCACAGGAAAUUAUAAUGCAUAUUAUUGAUAGUGUAUUCAGUAAUCUGAACUCUGGAGAUGAUUGUCUGUCAGAUGAAUUAUUGAGCAUAAAUCCAGUAUCUCCGAACACAGCUUCAACUCAAGAUAACAUCAACAACCAGCUUAAAUAUUUAUACAAUCAAUCGCGAAUUUACAAACUCCAACCGGCUUCUCGCAUUCCUCUGCUUCUAAAAUCACAGAAACAAAAAUUUAACAAAAAGUCACUUUAAAUCUAAUGACCGAUUUAUUUUAUGAAUUUAUUACAAUUAUUAAAUAUUAACAUUUAAAUUACUAUACAACGUAAGAUAGUAAUUAAACAUUUUUUAUUUAUACACUUUUGUGAAAAAUAAAGUAUAUUAAUUUUAUAAUUAUUUACAAAUCUAUUCAGCAAAAUAAGAUUU